UCUCCAUACCGCACAGAUUUCCAUCGACAUUUGUGGGCAAUGCAGAUGCCAUGUCUCCACCACUCAACACCUCACCACCACCUGCCACUCUGCCACUGCUCCAAGCUGUGAGCCCUAACCCUGCGGAUGGGACCCUGAACCCAUCUGAGAUGAACCCACCUUCCAGCGGCACACGUAAAGCCAGAGUUCUGUAUGAUUACGAGGCAGCGGACAGCAGCGAGCUGCCACUCAAGGCAGACGAGUUAAUUACCGUUUACAGCCUCCCUGGCAUGGACCCAGACUGGCUCGUUGGAGAACGAGGGAAUCGGAAAGGAAAAGUACCAGUUACCUACCUGGAGCUUCUCAGCUAGACUAGAGUAACAGAUUUGCAGAAUCUCUCGACAAGCCAAUUGCCCCUAGGGGCCGACUCAUUGCUCCGAGGCUGCUGCUGCUUCAAAUCCCAGUUCAUCUGUCGUUGCAAGUUCCCUCUUUUUCACACACAGCCCUCCUUGUAACUGAUCAGCCUCCAAUUGUAUUGACUGAGCAGUACAGCUGUAGUUAUCCGCCUCACACUGUGCAUUACUAAACUGUAGUCUGCUCCCCUUUCAUGACCAAAGCGGCUUGCACAAAUCUCCCAAAGCUUGUUACCAAUGAGGCCGCAAGCCAAGGUGGCAGCAGCUCCCACAGUGCCGAGUCUUCUGUGGUUGAGGAUUCCCAACAUUUUGAUACUUACAGUCAAAGUGGAGUUCUGUACAUUUGAGAUUUCUGCGACUAUAAAAAAAAAUCCUCUUUGUGGGGCAUGCUCGAAACUCCGAAUUUUCUUGUAGUAUAAAGAGAAAAAAAAAUCACUUUGGCAUCACUAUGCAGAGAGAGAAUG